AUUAUUCCCUCUCCCCUCCUGGCCACUCGUGCGUUUGCCUUCUGCACUUACUCCUCUGCGGCCACUUCUGCACGGCGUGCCCGGCUCCUUCCCCCUCCACCCCAACCCCCCUACUCCGCGAAGCAGCGUGCGCCUGGUGUCUAGUGCUCCCCCCUCCCUCUCCCCUCCUCCCCGCUCCCCCCUGCGAUCACUGUCCAUUGGCUUGUCCUGGUCUCUUUUUCAUGUCCAGCCCCUGAUGAGUGUCCAUUGGUGUUGCCUUCCUCUUCCCUCCUCCCCCUCUCUCCGGCUUGCCCUGCCCAUGUUUUGUAUGUCUCUGUCCAUCCAGGCUCCUGACGUUCAAGUUCGCAGGGACGUCACGUCCGCACUUGAACUUGCAGCUCAGGGGGGCUUUUGCCAUUUUUUUUCAUCUCUCUCUCUCCUUCUCUCUCUCUCUCCCUCUCUCUCUUUUUUUCUUGCACAAAAAAAAAAAAAAAAAAAAAAAGCCAUGACUGCUAUCCCACAAUUCAUCUUCCCUGCGCCAUCUUUGUAUUAUUUCUAAUUUAUUUUGGAUGUCAAAAGACAUUGAUGAAGAUAUUUUCUCUGGAGUCUCCUUGCUUUCUCACCCGGCUCUCCCGAUGUGAACCGAGCGGCUCACAAGCCACCGCAGCCACCAACCCACCAUGUCUCGCCGCAAGCAAGGCAAACCCCAGCACUUAAGCAAGCGGGAAUUUUCGCCUGAACCUCUUGAAGCCAUUCUUACUGAUGAUGAACCAGAGCAUGGCACGUUGGGAGCUCCAGAAGGGGAUCAUGACCUCCUUACUUGUGGCCAGUGUCAGAUGAACUUCCCGUUGGGGGACAUUCUUAUUUUUAUUGAGCACAAACGGAAACAAUGCAAUGGCAGUCUCUGCUUAGAGAAGGCUGUGGAUAAGCCACCUUCACCCUCACCAAGUGAGCUGAAAAAAGCAUCCAAUCCUGUGGAGGUUGGCAUCCAGGUCACACCAGAGGAUGACGAUUGUUUAUCAACGUCAUCUCGAGGAAUCUGCCCUAAACAGGAACAUAUAGCAGGUAAAGAUGAGCCCAGCAGCUACACGUGUACAACUUGUAAACAGCCUUUCAACAGUGCAUGGUUUCUCUUGCAACACGCACAGAAUACUCACGGAUUAAGAAUCUACUUAGAAAGCGAGCAUGGAAGUCCCCUGACACCGCGGGUUGGUAUCCCAUCAGGACUAGGUGCAGAAUGUCCUUCACAGCCACCACUCCAUGGAAUUCAUAUUGCAGACAAUAAUCCUUUUAACUUGCUAAGAAUACCUGGGUCAGUAUCAAGAGAGGCUUCAGGUCUUGGAGAAGGGCGUUUUCCACCCACACCUCCUUUGUUUAGCCCUCCUCCCAGACAUCAUUUGGAUCCACAUCGCAUAGAACGUCUGGGUGCAGAAGAAAUGGCUCUUGCAACCCAUCACCCUAGUGCCUUCGACAGGGUGCUGCGACUGAACCCCAUGGCUAUGGAGCCACCAGCUAUGGAUUUCUCCAGGAGACUUAGAGAGUUAGCUGGAAACACCUCCAGUCCACCAUUGUCACCAAGCCGGCCCAGCCCUAUGCAAAGGUUACUGCAGCCAUUCCAGCCAGGCAGCAAGCCACCAUUUCUGGCAACACCGCCCCUUCCUCCUCUUCAGUCAGCCCCUCCUCCUUCCCAGCCUCCAAUAAAAUCCAAGUCUUGUGAAUUUUGUGGGAAAACAUUCAAGUUUCAGAGUAAUUUAGUAGUACACCGUAGAAGCCACACUGGAGAAAAACCCUACAAGUGCAGCCUCUGUGACCACGCAUGCACUCAGGCCAGCAAGCUAAAGCGUCACAUGAAAACACACAUGCACAAGUCAUCCCCCAUGACUGUCAAGUCAGAUGACGGGCUCUCCACAGCCAGCUCCCCAGAGCCUGGAACCAGUGAUCUCGUCGGCAGCGCAAGUAGUGCUCUCAAAUCUGUCGUGGCCAAGUUUAAGAGUGAAAAUGACCCCAAUAUGAUUCCAGAAAAUGGAGAUGAGGAAGAAGAAGAGGACGAGGAGGAAGAGGAAGAGGAAGAAGAGGAAGAGGAGGAGGACUUAACUGAAAAUGAAAGGCCAGACUAUGGCUUUGGCAUUAAUCUAGAAGCAGCUCGUCACCAUGAAAACAACUCCAGGGUUGGUGAGGAGAACCGUUCUAUGCCAGACGUCAUGCAGGGGAUGGUCUUAAGUUCCAUGCAGCACUUCAGUGAGGCUUUUCACCAGGUCCUCGGAGAGAAACAUAAACGAGGGCACCUGUCUGAAUCUGAGGUACACAGAGACACUUGUGAUGAAGACUCAGUAGCUGGAGAAUCAGAUCGCAUUGACGAUGGCACUGUUAAUGGCAGGGGAUGCUCGCCUGGUGAAUCUGCCUCUGGAGGUUUAUCAAAAAAGCUGCUCUUGGGUAGCCCCAGCUCUCUGAGCCCUUUCUCAAAACGCAUUAAACUUGAGAAAGAGUUUGACCUGCCUGCUACAGCUAUGCCUAACACAGAAAAUGUUUACUCCCAGUGGCUGGCUGGGUAUGCUGCCUCUAGACAGCUAAAAGAUCCAUUCCUCAGCUUUGGAGACUCCAGACAAUCGCCUUUUGCCUCUUCCUCAGAACACUCAUCAGAAAACGGAAGUUUGCGCUUCUCCACGCCUCCAGGGGAGAUGGAUGGAGGGAUUUCAGGCCGCAGCGGCACAGGAAGCGGAGGAAGCACCCCACAUAUUAGUGGCCCAGGCCCUGGAAGGCCUAGCUCAAAAGAGGGCAGACGCAGCGACACUUGUGAGUACUGUGGGAAAGUCUUCAAGAACUGUAGUAAUCUCACUGUCCACAGGAGGAGCCACACAGGCGAAAGGCCAUAUAAGUGUGAGCUUUGCAACUACGCCUGCGCCCAGAGUAGCAAACUCACCCGGCACAUGAAAACACAUGGUCAGGUUCGACACACACCCCCACUUGGCGUAGUGCCCAGGGAACUCGUGACGUGUGGCAAUUUUCGGAUGGAAGCUCGAGACCGCUUAAAUUCUGAGAGAAUGUGAAGCACACGGAGAAUGUGCACCAUGUACAUGACAUCUGAAUGUGGUGGUCCGUUAUCUUGCUAGCUUUGCGAUAAUUUCUGACGUUUACUUCAGACGUCACCGUCCGAAGGCAGCAUCAACAGACUCCAGCCUGCCUGCAAGACUAUGUUAUAUAUAUUUUUAAUAGAAUAAAAACACUUCUUUUUUUUUUUAAAAAACAACUCACCAUCAAGGGCUUAUCGAUCAUCAAUGGCUUUGACUGGCUUCCAUGCCAUUGGGAAAAGGCCCUCUUGAGUACACGGUGAUACAGUGCGGAGAACCCAGCCUGUUGUUCUUAUACAUUACACACCAUCGUUUAAGUGCGGCUAAUGUUACAAAUAGCAAAAAUAAAUAAAUAAAGGAGGAGGGUAAGGGGGAAACUUGACAUAAUAAAUGUUGCCGCUUUAGGUUUUGUUUGCUCUUUAAUUUUUGAUGCUAACAAGAACCGUGCAGCUGGUAUGACGUUGUAGUACCAUAUCCACUGCAUAAAAUCAACCAUUGAGAUUAAAAAAGAAAACAAAACCCAUGUACACACAAGAAGUUAUCCAUCUAUAGAUGGCAUAAAUUUCAAAAAAAACUAAAAAUGCAAAGCAUUGUUAUUGCAACACUAUAAUUAAUGUAGGACUAGUGUGGUUGUUUAUUAAUGCUGAAGUGUCUGGGGGGGUCUCCUAACUGUCUAUCUUAUCAUCUACAAACCAUUGAAUAAUGCCUACUGUGUUGUAUUUCUGCUGUUAAAAUAUGUAUUUUUGAGGUUGUGCGGGGGGGAGGGGAUGAUCCAUAGCAUACUUUAAUUUGUCAUUGUUUGUCCAUAAAGCUAACUGUUUUCAGGAGAAUAAUAAUUUCAUUAUAGUGAUACUGUAAGCGCCAAGAAAAGUUGAACCCCCCCUCCACAAAACCCCCCUGUGGUUAUUGAUUGAUCUUUGUUACAAUUAUUCCUUAUUUGUGCAAGUAGCCAUAUUCUGGAAAGCAGUUAACCACAUGCUUAUUUUAAGCAUGUGCUCAAAUCCUGUUGGAUCUAAUAAAGCAGUUGAACACGUGCUUAACUUUGCGCAUGUGAGUGCUCCUAUUGACGUUCAUAUGACUCUUAGGGACUUAUGUAAAUGUGUAUUUAUGUCCCUGAAUUGGGGCCACAGAUUGUACCACUGAAUGCAGUAUAUUCUAUUGAUGACCAUGUUUGAGUAAGGGUUAUAGGAUCAGGCCUAAGUGCUGACAUGAAUCCUUUAUUUGGUUAAGUCCUGAUGCUGCAGGGCAAGCUGUACCAUUAUCUUAUUCUCAUGUAAAAUCACCCUAAAAUUUAUACCAGGUAGAAAUUUACCAUGCAGGGUCUCAGGUCUGGUGACAAAGUUAUUUAUUUGUAUUUAUUAAUUAUUGUUACUUGCUUUUUUAUUUAUUUUUUAAAGCUGAAUGUGAAAAUUUGGCCAGGCUGCUAUUUUGCUCAUGAAACUGCAAAAUAGAUAAAAUAAUAGCACCUUUUGGUCAUUUUUUAAAAAAUAUAUAAAUGUUAUUUUGUUUGGGAAAGUGUUUAUAGCACAAGCACAGUCACUUUUGUACACAAACUUUUGUAAAGAACUUUAGACUAGUAGUUGCAGAGUGCAUGAGCAUCUGUGCACACCACUAUUAGUGGAGACGUGCCAAUAAACUAUCAGUGAUCUGUGGAUUACAGUGUAUAAAUAGGGAUUGAUACAACAGACUAUUACUAUUACUGCUUCUUCUGAGGUGUUAUGGUUUCUAGGAUCAAUAAUCCAUGUGUUACACGCUCUCUGAUGGCCCCAUUUGGUACACAGUAGUGGCAGCUGCGGUGCCACAGAAGCAGGCCACAUAUGCUGUGCUUCUGGUUAAAUUCUGCCAGAAUGCAUGGGGAGCUAAAGUAACUUCGCAUUUAGUCUAGGCAUGUAGAUGCUGGUAACACAGGUAGGGACUAGGCUUGUGUUGUUCCAAUGGCAAAAAUGUCAUGGUUCAGACCUUCUAGUCCACAUUCUGAACUAGUGACAAUGUCUGUGCUGCAGCUGAAUUAGAUUAGAACCAUUAGUAAUACACUUUUCCCAAUAGCAGCCCUGCUGGGACCCCUCCAUUCUUCCCUGAGGGACUUUGGCAAGGAGAUUUGUCAAAAGGCAUGGCCCUUACCUCAAAGUCCAAAUGUUAUGACCAAUAUUGAGCAAAUGCAGCUGGUGAAAAUACAGGCAGGAUUAACACUGAAUAAUGGAUGUAGACCUCCCCUCCCAGUAUGGUAGUAUAGACCAUAGUUGAUCAGGCUCUGAUGGGCAGCAUAACCAUAGCAGAUCAGCAGAUCAGAUCAAUCCCUAUACCAUAACUAGGGGUGUCUAAAAUGGCACCCAUUUUGCUCCAUAUCUGUGCAUUGCUCUGCACCAGUUUACAAGGAGUUUUUUGAGCACUGAACAGCACGUCCUACAUCUUUGAUUGAUUAUGCCUCAAGUGCAAAGGAGUUAACAAUUCCCAUCAGCUGCUAGCCUCUCCCAUGGCAGCCUCAAACCAUUUCCACAUCAGGGUACGCUAGGCAGCUGCAUUCUCACUGGCAUGGCUGUUUCAGAAUGUGGCAUAUGAGUCAAUUUUACUCCAUUGCAUUGUUGGAGCACUAUGCAGUGGAGUAACUCUUCUCUUUUCCCUAGAGUACUGAAUUAGGUCCCUUAAAUACAGAUUUACAGAAUGGCUGGGUACAGUUCUGUAUAGCUGUAAACAUUGAAUCAAUAAUAUGUUUUUAAACAUCCUUCAGUACAUGCUUACCUGAAAAACUUCAGAAGAUUUUGUGACUUUUGCACAUCACAACAUGCCAAGAGCAGAGAAAGCUCAGUUCACAGAUUGUUUCAGGACAUUAUGGAAACACUGGGCCAUAGCCUGUAAUUCUCUGGCACAGCAAUACAAAUCCAGAAUAGGUCACUUAUUUCAUUCUGGAUUUAUACUAGUGUAACUUAAGAGCAGAAAGGGGGCCCAUUGCUACCAUUCGAAGUUGGUAGAAGCAGGUGGCUAGCAGGUAUUUUUACCCUAUCUAGGAGAACUCUGAUUGUGUUCUGCCGGGCACAGAGACAAAAGUGAUACAAUACUUUCCUACUGAAUUGAAGGUGAAGUGAAAUUGUUAAAUUCUUUUCCUUUUUUUUUUUCAAAUGAAGGAAUUAAACAAAAAAAAUUUAAGAUUUUAAGUCAUUUGCAGAAUUCAUGUGUUGCCUUAAAAUUAUAAAUAUAUGUAACAACUAUGUUGAAAGCUUUAGUAACUGUUAAGAACUGAGCUUAGGGUUCCAUGUUUCACUGCGAGUGCUGAUACCAUUUACAAACACCCCAUGCUGGAACGAAGCACUAGGCUCUUAUUCAGUCUGUGUAAGACCAUCUGUAUUGCAGUUGUGUGCAUUAGGACUAUAUUUGCAGCUGGUAUAAACUGUAGGAGCCCCACUGAAAUUGGUGUAGCACCACUGAAACCAAUGGAGCCAUGCUGCUUUACACCAGCCAUGCACCUGGCUUGUGGAACUUUAGACGCCUUGUAAGGACAGUUUUAAUGAUAGUACUUUUCAGGAUGGGAAGUUGACUGUUGGACUAGCCUGCCCAGAAUCCUUGGCUGCGUCUGUGUAUGAAGAGUGGGGAAAAUAAUGUACAGCAGCUUGUUAGCAGAAAAGCUCAAGGUUGCUCUGUUUUCUUGACAAGAAGAAAAAAAAAUCUCACAUAUUAGAAAUGCACAAUAUACGGCACAAUCAGCUCUUUUAGGAGAAACACAGAACCUUGAACUCAGGUCCUGAGCUGUAAGUUAAAGAUUAAAUGAUUUUCAAGUACUUUGUAUUAAAAUGUAUUCAUAAUUUUAAAGUCUGCACAUAUCUACUGUUAAAAGAUUUAGGAUGUUAAAUGAUUUUUGUAUUUAUUUUAGAAGUGCUGCAGUUCAAUUUUAAGAACCGAAUUUAAAAGCUCUUUUUGUUACUCAAUCCAACAUGCUGUAAUGGUCUGAAAUGAACAAGAUAUGCGGAAAUUAGACAGUUUAGCUUUGGGUUUAGUUUGAAAAGCUUCUUUCAAUGUCCAAACAUUUUAUCUGUGCUGUAUUUUAUUUUUAAAGACAGUCUCAUGAUAAUAAAAUGCAGAAAGGUUAA